GCUUUUCCUCUUUGUUUACGGGAUUGGACAGACGAAUGCACUGAUGGAGCUCUAGCAAGCAAGAUGUUUGCCUAGUGGAUUUGGGAUUCUGCCUUCAGUGCCGAGCAACCACUUCUUGCUAUUGCCUACACAGCUCCAGCCCCCUGACAUGGCUGGGCUUUUAUGGAUCUGAGCCCUCUGAGCACACAACCCGCCCUCUUCUAGUGGGGCAGUUUACGUUGUGUUCUCUUGUAAGCACGUCCUUUUUGCUAUCCUUAGAGGUUAGUGUAUGAGGCUUUUUAAUCCAUGGGAGAUGGGUCAGGACCAGACAAAGCAACAGAUAGAGAAAGGACUCCAUCUUUACCAGUCUAAUCAGACCGAAAAGGCCCUGCGAGUCUGGAUGAGGGUUUUGGAGAAGUCUGCGGAUCCUGCUGGCAGGUUUCGGGUUUUGGGUUGCCUCAUCACUGCUCAUGCAGAGAUGGGCAGGUACAAAGACAUGCUGAAGUUUGCAGUGGUACAGAUUGACACAGCACGGGAGCUGGAAGACCCAGAUUUCCUUACAGAGAGCUACCUAAACCUGGCUCGCAGCAACGAGAAACUCUGUGAAUUCCAGAAAACAAUCUCUUACUGCAAGACGUGCCUGAACAUGCAGGGUACCACGGUGAGCCUGCAGCUGAAUGGCCAGGUGAGCCUCAGCAUGGGCAAUGCCUUCUUGGGCCUCAGCAUCUUCCAGAAGGCUCUGGAGUGCUUUGAGAAAGCUUUACGAUACGCACACAACAACGAUGACAAGAUGCUGGAAUGUCGAGUCUGCUGCAGCCUCGGGAACUUCUACACCCAGAUAAAGGACUACGAGAAAGCCUUGUUUUUCCCCUGCAAAGCUGCUGAACUGGUGAAUGAUUACGGGAAGGGCUGGAGCCUGAAGUACCGCGCCAUGAGCCAGUACCACAUGGCCGUGGCCUAUCGGAAGCUGGGGCGCCUGGCAGAUGCCAUGGACUGCUGCGAGGAGUCCAUGAAGAUUGCCCUGCAGCACGGUGACCGGCCGCUGCAAGCACUGUGUCUGCUCUGCUUUGCAGAUAUCCACCGCAGUCGCAGAGACGUGCAGACAGCCUUCCCUCGGUAUGAUUCUUCCAUGAGCAUCAUGACAGAGAUUGGAAACCGCCUGGGCCUGAUCCAGGUGCUGCUAGGAGUGACUAAGUGCUGGAUGAUUCAAAAGGAGCUGGACAAGGCUCUGGAAAGCAUUGAAAAGGCACAGGAGCUGGCAGAGGGACUAGGGAACAAGCUCGGCCUGCUGAAGCUGCACUGCCUGUGUGAAAGGAUCUACCGCACCAAGGAGCAGCAGCAGGAGCUGCGUGACCACGUAGUGAAGUUCCAUGAAUGUGUGGAGGAGAUGGAGCUCUACUGUGGCAUGUGUGGAGAGUCCAUUGGCGAGAAGAACAACCAGCUCCAGGCACUACCUUGCUCCCACUUCUUCCACUUGAAGUAAUUAGCUGGAAGUACUAAAUAUUAUUGUAUGACAUUAGCCAUGGGAAAGAGCUGCUUAUGCCCACAGUAGUCCUAUGCAUGCUGUUCCCCAGGCCUUUGUCUUGAUUACCUGCUCACCUUUGUCCUGAUCCUGCCUUGCAGGAUCCCACUGCAGUGCUAAGAGGCUCGCAGCCUUGGAGGGUGAGAUUUAGCCAUCACACUCCCACUUGUCCUCUAGAAGAUUGUUCACUCAUGUCCCCGCUUUUGUAGGUGGUCAGCCCAGCUCACAGAUUAUUCGAUUCCCCUUGGGGAAUCCGUUCUUUGCUCCUAGGGGCAGUUUGGAUUUUUCCCGAGUUCCCUCACUUCCUCCCUUGGCUAGUGGCACACAGAGGUGAAGUUGUUCAGCCAAUUAUCAGGCUACUGCCAGGAAAUAAGUUAGCAUUUUAUUGUAGAAGAAACACAAGCGUUGCAAAACACAUUAAUCUGAAAACUAAGAAUGUAAUAACAAAGUCUCACACUGACACCAGAAUUAGGACCAAACUACUGGUCAGUGAGAGAUGCCCGGUUCUCUCCAGCAGUACAGGAACAAAUUUUUGUAGAGGGACGCAGCCGAUGGUUAAGAGCUGCAGCCCGUGUCCGUGGCGGGAGGGCCCAGGGGAGCAGCAGUAGCCUGGCGGUGAGCAAUGGCCGCGGGGCCGCCCUGGGGGAGCCCC